GUAACGUAAUCAGAAAGGUUACUGCCGCUUGUUGUAAGGAAAGAGAGAGAGAGGGUGGUCCAUUCAAGGUUUUUGCUUCCAAGAAUCUGCAACUCCUUCAAAAUCUUGUUUUGUCUGCAUGCGUGAGGGAUGAGGUCAAGGGGCUCAGAAGUAGAGAGAGAGAGAGAGAGAGAGAGAGAGAUACACAUAAGUGUGGUUCAGAAGAAGAAUAAGUGGGGAAGGGGAGAGAAGCACAUGCUGGGCCAGACAGGCCCAGUCCCCUACCGCCUUCUGCUCCUCUGUCUGUGUCUGUUUCUCUGGUCACAUACACGCUCGUCCAUUUUCUCCCCCUCUUCCCCCUUUGACCCACACGAUGCACUGAAGAAUCACGUGCACCUCCCUCUUUUUUGAGUUCUUUUCACUCGUUAUGUAUUAGCCACCAGCAAAACGAAUAGUUACGGCUCUCCCCCUCUCAAACAUGGAAAACAGUUCCCAUUUCUCCAGAAAUGAAUCAAUGGAGGAAUUAAAGAAAGAAAAAAAACCCUUCCCUCCCCUUUGUUUUCUGAAACAAACAUCGGAAAAGCCUUCCACCUCUCUCCCUCUUUCUCGUUGAAAAGGCUUAUCAACUCUCCUGCACUUUCUGUGCAACUAUGUCGAGGCAAUAAAAAGUUAAAAACCACACCCCCUCUCUCUCUCUCUCUCCUUCUCUCUCGGUCUCUCUCUCAGUAUAAAUCCUGAUGCUUGUUCUACCCUAAAACGCUGAUGCCAAAAGAAUGCAUCCGAUGGUCAUCAUCAUCUCCACAAUUUUACUCUGCCAUCAUUUCCUCCCGAGCAGUAGCAGCAGCGGUGGCGGCAACAUCUGCUCCUCCUCCACCGCGGCCUCCUGUCCUCCAUUAUCUGCUCCCCUUUCGUUCCCAUUCGCCGUCUCCUCCGCUUCCCAGGGCUGCGGCCACCCAGCAUUUCAGGUAGAUUGCGCUAGAUCCCCUUCCCUCACCAUCAACAACCUCUCCUUCUCCCUCCCCCAACAGCCGCACCCCAACCGGACCAUCCUCCUCUCCCCCCACUACUGUGACAGCAUCACCUCUUCCACCAGCUGCCCACAUUGUGCCCUUCCCCUUCGCCCCGUGAACCUCUCCGCCUCCCCCUUCCGCUUUUCCUCCUCCGCCUGCUCCCGCCUCUCAGCCUUCCGCCCCUGCAACGCCGGCGCCUCCAUAAACUUCUCCUCCCCCUCUUCCAAUUGCAGCCUCACUCGGUGGCAGCACCGUCUCCUCCUCCUUCCUGCUCUCCUCAUCAUUGGCUGCCGCGAAACCAGCACCGAUAAAUGCAGCCGCAGCAACGACGUCGCCGCCGACCUCCGCGAGUUUCUGCAGGCCGGCAUCGAGGUGGAAUGGGAGGAGGACGACGACUACUUCAGGCUCUGCAGCAACUGCCAGUCCAGAGGUGGAGCUUGCGGCUUCAACCAUUCCGAUGCCGGGAAGCCAUUCCUCUGCUUCCAAGGAUUCCUGCACUCGAACCCGUCUGCUUCCGUUCAAUCCCUCAUCCGUAAUAGCGAUCAAGCAGAGGAGAAUAAGAGGAGGAAGAUUUUAAUAGGGGUUUGCAGCACCGUGGUGGCACUCUGCUUUUUGGUGACUUUUGUGGUGGUGCUCGUCUGUGGUUACAUGUCUCGUGAAAAAUGGAAGCUCAGACCCGCCAUGCCGGACGAGGGCUUCUUCCUCCGCCGAUUGCACCACUCGAUACACCACGGCUCUUUCAAACCGAGCCCGCUCUACCAUCAUCACCAGAAACUGCCGCCAAUCUUCACAUACGAAGAGUUGGAUUACUCCACCAACUCCUUCGACCAGAAGCGGAAGUUGGGUGACGGCGGGUUCGGGUCGGUCUACCUUGGCCAGCUGAAGGACGGCAGGGUCGUGGCGGUGAAGAAGCUCUACAGAGAUCCCCUCAACCAAGACGAGCGAGCGACGACGCAGCAGAGGGCCAAGAAGGCAAGCUCCUUUGUCAAUGAGAUCCUCAUCCUCUCCUCUCUGGAGCACCCCAACUUGGUGCGCCUCCAUGGCUACUGCACCGACCCGCGCGGCCUCCUCCUCGUGUACGAGUUCGUAGCCAAUGGCACUCUCGCCGAUCACCUCCACGGCCACCGACGACGCCAUCGCGGCCUGUCGUGGCACGUCCGGCUGAGCAUCGCCCUCCAAAUAGGCCAGGCUCUCGAGUACCUCCACUUCGGGGUGAGGCCGCCCGUCGUCCACAGAGACAUUACCUCUUCCAACAUCUUUCUCACCAAGGAUUUCGGCAUCAAGGUAGGGGAUUUCGGUCUUUCCCGGCUGCUUCAUCCAUCACAUUCCUCAGCCAACACUGCGUUUGGAACGGCGGCUGGCGGUGGAUCGGUAUGGACGGGCCCGCAGGGGACGCCGGGGUACCUCGAUCCAGAUUAUCACCGAUCGUUCCUGCUGACGGAGAAGAGCGACGUGUACAGCUUCGGGGUAGUGCUACUCGAGUUGAUAUCAGGGAGGAAGGCGGUGGACACGAGCAGGGAGAGGAGGGAGAUGGGGUUGGCGGACCUAAUGGUGUCGAAAAUUCAGGUGGGUUUAUUGAUGGAGGUGGUGGAUCCCGAGCUGGCAGCGGAGAAGGAGAAGGGAGGAGUGAUGGGAAUGGUGAGGGCGGUGGCGGAGCUGGCGUUCAGGUGUGUGGCAGGAGAGAAGGACGAUCGACCGGACAUGAGGGAGGUGGUGGAGUAUCUCAAACGCAUCAGAACCAUCGGAGGAGGAGGAGGUGUUGUUGAGAAUAGCGUCUGAAAUUUUUGAUUACGGUACAACCAUGCUUUGGUUUUUUCCGAUGGGCGGCAGGUCCAAGUCUCUCUCUCUCUCUCUCUCUCUCUCUCUCUGGGAAACUUAUAAUCUACUGUAAACUCGAAUGCAGAUGUUAUCGUAUUUUUGUUUUAGUUGGUUUUUCAAUCAGUGAAAUUUCUCUUCGUGGAGACUUGAGACGGGAAAA